CUCCUCUCGGGCAGAAUCAUCUCACCACCACACGCACGAACACCCGUAUCUGUCUCUCUCUUCACGGUAUCUCUCUGCUGUGCCCCCUCGCCCCCUCGCCCCCGGCACCAUGAUCUGACACCCAUGGCUAGCUUAGGCAGGCAGAGAAAGACUGAACAGAGGCAACCCUACAAGGCAGAUCCCGUAUCUUUUCCAGCUAUCCAGUGGGAACUCCACCAACCCAGCGGCGGCAAUUUGUCUUGAAGCAUGCCUUUCUCGGCAGGAUGACCGCGCUAGCGCACCACCCAAUGUAACCUGCAAGACGGGAACUGGGGGCAAGAUGGCGGCGCGGAAGAGGCACAGAUAGGAUGGUGACGAAGAAGACAGAAGUCACAGAACUCUCUGUCCGUAGCACUGUAGUAGUGGACAAGGCGAGUGGGGGUGGUUGCCAACAGCCAACUUGCUGCCCGCUGCUACUGCUACCGCCCACAGUCCACAGCCCGUUGCCUACUGCAAGGUACCAGGCCGCCCGAGAUGAGAGAUGGAGAAAGCAACCAAACCAGGGGUGUCUAUGGCCUUGCAGGAGCGGAGCUGCACGUCUAAAGGGGGGGCGUGCAAAGCGGUUGAGCUUCUUGCUGAACAAGAGUGCCACUAUUCGCUUCCGCCCCCAGCUAGUGCUUCUUCCAACAGGAUGACGGAGCCUCGGAGAGGGUCAAGGGCACUAGGUAUGGAGCAUCCGUACUGCAACUGUGCAAACCGCUGCCGCCCUCCCUCCUUGCUACGCAGUAGCCCGACCCUCUCUCGCGGCUCGCCCUGUCAUGGACCGCUGGGGUUAUGGUCCGUUGGUUGGUUGAUAUAAAUCCAUCUCGGUGCCCUCGAUAUCGGGCCGCUUCCUCUUUUUGUUUCUUGACCCCCAUCGCGUUUUGUACACAGCUGGCCGCUGAUACCACACUCCCUUCUUGUUCGUCCUCUUUCUUGAACGAACUUUACAUUCCUUAUACCCACCAGAGCCAAACAACUCUUCGUCAGUUCGUUUGCUCCUUCAGUCUCUCUCGUCUAGCACGAAGUCACUGUUGAACAGUUCCACUCCUUGAACAAGGCAAAGCCAAGCGCUUACACCAAAGCAACAAAACCACCAACUACAUUUCAGUCCUUCAUUCGAUAUCUUCGAUUUCGACUUUCUUCAGCAGGCCUGCUCUCAGCUGUACACAGAAACCCAUCUUUUUCGGACCUCGACGUUCUUUCUUGCACAAAAAACGCAUCAUCUCAUCUCAGGAUACCCAACUUUCAGCCCAUCAAAAUGAAGUUCUUCACCACUGCCCUGGCCAUGGCUGCCGCUGCCAACGCCCACACCCUCAUGUCCAAGCUGUACAUCAACGGCGAGUCCCAGGGUGAUGCUACCUGCAUCCGUAUGCCCAAGGAGGGAGACACCGCCACCUCCCCCGUUGCCGGUCUGACCAGCGACGACAUGGCUUGCGGCAAGGACGGCCAGAUCGCUGCCGCUUACACCUGCGCUGCCCCCGGCAACUCCAAGCUCACCUUCGAGUUCCGCCAGUGGCCCGAUGCCCGUGCCGAGGGCUCCAUCGACCCUUCCCACAGGGGUCCCUGCUCCGUCUACGUCAAGAAGGUUGACGACAUGACCACCGCCGCCGCCGGCCCCAACUGGUUCAAGAUCUGGGACGAGGGCUACGAUGAGUCCACUCAGCAGUGGUGCACCGACAAGCUCAUCGCCAACAAGGGUCUUUUGACCGUCGAGCUCCCCUCUGGUCUUCCCGCUGGUUACUACCUCGUCCGCACCGAGAUCCUCGCCCUCCACCAGGCCGUCAGCCUUCACGACCCCCAGUACUACGUCGGCUGUGCCCAGAUCCACGUCUCCGAUGGUCCCUCCGGCGCUCUCGAGAUCCCCUCCCAGUACUCCGUCAGCAUCCCCGGCUACAUUGACGGCUCCGAGCCCGGCAACAACUUCAACCUCUACGACAACCCGCAGUACCCCUACCCCAUCCCCGGCCCCGAGCCCUACAGCCCCGUCGGCACCGCUUCCGCCAGCGCAAAGUCCACCUCCUUCGAGGGCGGCGUCCCCGCUGACUGCCUGAUCAAGAACGCCAACUGGUGCGGCAAGGCUCCCGAGGCUUACACCACCCAGACCGGCUGCUGGGCCGCUGUCGACGCUUGCUACGCCCAGGGUAACGUGUGCUUCGACUCCGCCCCUCCUACCGGCGCCGCCAACUGCUACGUCUGGAACGACAACAUGUGCAAGGGCAUCUCUGCCCAGUGCACGGCCGGCAACUGGCAGGGCCCUCCCACCAUCGAGAUGACCGCCAAGACCGUCGCCGCCCCCGGCGCCAUCCCCGCUGCCGUCAACCUCAACCUCCUCGGUGGCUCCGCCAACACCGCCGCCGCUGCCGUCGCCUCCGCCACCCCCUCCAAGACCGCUGUUGCCGCCUCUUCCUCUGCUCCCGCCGCUACUCCCACAGCUGAGUACGCCGCCGAGGACCCCGUCGCUACCAGCGCGCCCGCCGCCACUGUCGCCCCCGUGACCUCGGCCGCCCCCGUCCCGGCUUCCACCUCCGUUGCCGCCCCCGCCGCUCCUUCCGCCUCUGCUCCCGCCUCUGGCGCCCUUGUCCCCUCCACCGACGGUACCUGCGGUGGCAGCACCGGCUUCACCUGCGAGGGCAGCUCCUUCGGCUCCUGCUGCUCCGCCGCCGGCAAGUGCGGCAGCAAGAUUCUGCAGUGCAGACCCUCUUGCGGUUGCCAGACCAAGUUCGGUCUCUGCCUCGAGGCCCGCAGCCUGACGAAGAGCAACUAAAGCAAAGCAAGCUUAGUUUCUUCCUGACCCACACCAACCUCCAUCAAACUACAUCACGACAUCAAAACAACAUUAGAACGUGAUCAUGACGACGACAUGAAAGAAACCCCCCUUCUUCCAUCAGUGGAUUCAAAAACUUCCUUCGCUUCGCUUUUUUCUUCGACGAGUCUUGCUCUUUUUUACCAAUGUGCAUCACACAUGCAUCAUUAUCUUCAUUAGGGGGCGGAAAACUUUUGGGGUUUGGUGACAACACAUACAUCACGGCCGGGUUCAAUGGUGUUAUCUUUUGCGAGUGGGAAAAAAACAAAUUACAUCGGAACAGGAAAUCAUGGGCAUUGCUUGGGUAACUUCUGGUGUUUUUUGUUAUGUGUCAUUCUUGUAUAUAGUGUACAAUUCGAUCAUAAACAAAUAUGGAUCUUUCAAAGUUUC